AGCACACACAGGAAAGCCAAUGUCCAACUAAAACCCAGCCUGGAAAAGAAAAAGAUCCAGGUUAAACUCAGUAAGCAAUUUCCCAGAGGCCGGGACUUGGUGGGAGGGGUAGAAAUAGAGAUGGGAGCAUGAGAGGAUGUAAUGGGUCUGAGCAAGAUGCCAUUUUUGCUUUUUCUAUUCAAGUCUGAUACAUGGCAGUGUCUUCUGCAUUCUGAAGUUGUCUAGCCAGUGUGGCACUGUCAGACUGAGCUGUACGGAGCCACUCAGUCCUGAAUUCAGCUGUGGAUUUUGAGAGACAGUUCGCUGGAUGAGGGGGAGAUAUUGCAACACUAAGGAACUCAAUGCCCUUGGGAAAUCCUCAUCAUUGGCCAAAGCCCAGGAACAGAGCCGAGAGCAGAGUAGCGGAGCAGACUGGACUGGCCACAGUGAGAAUUUGGAGCUUGUGGACGAGCGAUGGACAGCUGGACUCUCCAGGGGGACAGCUACUCCUUCCUGCGCAGUGCGCCUCGCACCUUUUCCCUGUGUCAUCGAGACGGCACCCCCAACCACGUUGAAAUCUUUGAUAUCAUCAACGUGCCCACUCAGCGUAGUGCAAUAUCCGAGACUACCUGCCUCUGUGACAUUUUUGGAGACGACUGUGAGUCAUCCUCUCUCUCAAGCAGCCCAGCUGUAGGGGCUUUUGUCCCUUCCCAGAGGGAAGUGGACGGGACAGCUGCUGCAUCACCCCUGGUGGAUGACCUUAACGACUCUUCAGGCUCUUAUCAUACUGCACCAGGCUCCAGUGAAGGCGAGGAGGGCUUUGAAGAUUCAAACGAAAGGAUUCACAGCCCCCUGUUGCAGAGUGAGUCUUCAGAGAGGAGGCAGCCAGAGAGCAAAGGACUGAGCUCAGGGCAUCCAGAAGUUUCUAAGGAUAGUAGCCCAAAUUUGGAAGCAAUAAGUAAAUCACCAGUACCUCAGCUUUGCACAGCUAGCCCAUCUGAAGUCCUCAACUCUGGUGAGAGGACCCCCUCUCCUGGACAUAACAGCCCCUAUACUCUGAGUCCAGAGCCAUCAACGUCAUCUUUAUCUUGUUCCUCGGUUGAAAAAAGAUGUUCGCCAUCACCAACGAAUCCUAAAGUGCAUUUAGAAGCUGAACCAAGGAGAAUCACCCCUACUUUCAAAGAUAGACAUAACAGCCGCUCACAUCAGUCUUUAACUCCAAGUCCCUCCCCUGAACCUAGGAACUGUGUCAGCUCAACCUCUUCUGAAUCACUGAACACGCAAUCUUUAUCUGAGUUCAGGGUAGCACAAGUCUCACCUGAGCCAAGGAGCAGCUAUUUUAAUCAACACAGCAGCCCCUCACCUGAGCCCACAGCCAAAGAUUUUUCACUAGAUUUUAUAGAACCAGCGUUUGAAUCCAGACCCAUCCUUUCAUCUCCUUUACCUUCAUCCAGUAGUACAGAGUUAUCAUUCCAGUCAAGAGAAACACUGGUAUCUCCUGAGCUGAGGAAUAGUCCCUACACUUCUGAUACUCAAGCAUCAUCACCUUUUCCUGAGCUAAGAAGGAGGAUUUCCCUACCUGAUCUUUUCAGCAGAGGCUCCACACCUGAUAUUGAAGACUCUACCCACACCCCUGAGCUGAAUUCAGGUCUUUCGACUGCAGAGAGAGACACCCCAAUUACACCUGAGAGCCAAGGUGCGAAGUUAUCACCUGAACCUGUCAGUGCUGUGUCAACACCUGCUCCACGAUACACACCUCCCUCACCUGUUACUUCAAAAACAACAUCUCCUGAGCUUGUGGAGAGUAGUGUCUCGCCUGAAUUAAGUCACACAGCUCCCCCACCAAGCCUGCUUAGUGCCGCGUCUCCAACUAAAGCCAGAACAAGAACUCCCUCUCCUGGCCCCUCAUAUAAAAUAAGAGACAUUUCAACAUCUUCUGAAACCCAGGUGUCUUCACCUGUGGUAAGUUAUAGUUUAUCCCCAUCACCUGAAGUGAGAAGCAACUGUUGCUCUCCCAUUGAGCACAGACAUACUUCUCCUUCUCGCUCACCUGAAAUCAGAAUUACAGCAUCAUCACCUGAGGUCAAUAGGAGAGAGUGGUCUUCUGAAGUGGCGACAUCAGCCUCUCCUCUCUUAGACCCUCACUUUGACUCUGUCUCAUCAAGAAGCCGCACUUCAUCGCCUCAUAUCACAGGGAUUUCUUACUCUGUUGUUCAGCCCGAGGACAGGAAUAGUCCACCAUUUCCAGAGCUUUCUCGUCUCUCCACUCCUGAACCUGAUAGGACACUUGUGUCCCCUGAUGCAAGGAGCUUAACCCCGAGCAGAGACAGUAUACAGAGCAGUAUAGCAGAGUCCAUUGGAACACCACGAGACUCACCUCAUAUAUUAGGCUUGUCUGUCCUGCAACCUGAAAUAACUCUGCCCCAUCAACCCAGGUACAAAACACCUUCACCUCAGCCAAAACAUCAAACUCCCUCACCUGAACCAAGACAUCAAACACGUUCAUCUGACCAGUAUCAGAGUCCCUCACCUCAGCACAGAAGUAAAGAGCCAUCACCUGUUGCCCCUUCUCCAGAGCAGAGGUAUCACCAGCAUUCACCAGCAAACCUUUCUACAGAAUACAGCCCUCAGUAUACACAGCCUAAUCCUCCUCUAAUAAAUACACCUGAGAUUGAGAGGGAUUUCUCUUCAGCUGAUAUUACAGAAACACAGUACCCCACACAUUUGGAAAAAGAGAGUGUGUCACCAUUUGAGUUAGACAAGGGAGACAAAUCAGAUCAAAGCGGAUCGCCAGUGGUGGCAGUGGUUUGUUCACCUGUAUCUACUUCACCUUUCUUAGCUGAGGAAAAGGUUAGCAGUGCACUGAGUCAACAAAGCACAGAGAGAGAACCAACACCAAAUCUUCAGGAUAACUCAAGUGUAGACUUCUGUGAAGAAACAGAAGCCAUUGGUCCCACUUUGUUUCAGAAAGAAGACCGCUAUAAUAAUCCUCAAACUGAAACUAAGUCUCCUUCCCCUAAUAUUUCAGUCUCUAAGAACAGGAGUCCAAGCAGUUCCCUUGACCACACUACUCCAUCCAAAUCACCUGUGCAGAUACCGGAAAAUCCACAGCCUAAACUGACGACUCAUUCACUAUCUCCUGAAAGCAGUUGUUCAUUAAAACCAUCUUGUACACGUGAGCGAGCAAGAAAACAGCUGACAACCAGUGUCCGACACGAAAACAGAGAGAGGUUCACAGAGGACAUGGCCCACCAUGUAAACAGAAGGCGGACUCCUUCUCCACCACUGACCAGGUUUACACCUGUCCACAUCAUCGCCCCUGAGAAGCCUUACAGACAGUGGCAGAACAGAAGACAUAGCCCAUCUCAGGUUGUAGCAUCCCCACCAAGUGGUAACUUAAAGAAGGUGGUGACAAAUAGGGAAAAUCCCAAUGUUGCCCCGGUUGACAAUAAUAGCCAGGCCCACUGGGUCAGGCAAGAAACGCAAUUGGAGAUGGAGAGGGAAAUGCAGCUGGAGGUGGAUAGAGAGGUAGGUAGAGAGAGGCAAAUGGAUAGGGAGAUGAGGAGAGAGAGAAAGAGGGAGGAGCGCCUUCCUGAAAAGGGGAAGGGGUGGCAGGGGGGCGGCAGUUACAGAGGGGAACAGGUUGAGCUGUCAUUCAAUGCCAGGAAUAGAAAAGGGCCUGCGAGUCGCAGAGCAGCUCCCACAAGCAGAGAGACCCGCCAGGGACUGCCAACAGUGCAUUCCUAUCCAGAGAGCUUGCUUGCCACCAGACAGCUACAGCAACAACAAAGUCUGCUUAGACUUGCUUCCCAACAAGACACCAGGGGCGGUGCUUCUAGCAGACGGCUUCAACCUCCUGCACCCCACAACAAGAGCAGUGCUACUGGACGUGUGUCUGUAAACAGGCCUAGCCGGAGUUCCAGCUCCAGCAUGGGAAGUGAGCUUGAUGAGGCAGACAAUGAGGUGAAGUGGUUUACAGACUCGGCUUUCAGCAGCCUAUCAAGCCCAGAGAUAGAUUACCUUGAUAUGUACAACUCCAGCCACCGUUCAUCUACCAACAUUUCUCAACCAUCUACCCAGGAGAGCCCAGCUGGGGUCAAUGCUGCCUGGCUGGCGUAUGCUGACUUCCGGGGUUCUGCGUCAAAGCUGGACAAUGAUGAACUCUCCUUCCAGCAACCAUCUGCGUACAACUCAGACGGCCUGGAUCCGUCAAGGCGCUAUGAGAUGGGCAGCUUUGAGUGUGUCGAUGUGGCCGUGGAAAGAGAGGACACCAGAAAGGUGAGAAGAGGAGUACCAAAGAGACAGAUCCAGCUGAAGAGAAAGGAUAGUGCUGAAGGGAAGCAGGGUGAGAGCAGUGAAAAUAGUAGUCCUGGAGUACCAGGGAUGAUGGAAAGCCCCUCUCUGGAGACUCAUUCUAGAGAGACAUUUGUAAGACAACACAGUACUCCAGCAGCAAUGCAAGAAAGCUACGCUUCUGAACGCAGCCCUGAGCCCAAUCAACAAAAUGAAAGAAGAUCCAAACUCCAGAAGUCAGUUUCUCUAGAUGAAACAUGCCCUAAAACCAAGAUGGCCACUUGUCUCAUCAAAAGUGUGUUGUCCAAGAAGAUGCAACCUAUUGAGCAAACAGGAGACGAAGUAAACCCAGCUUUUGUGGAAAACAGCCCACCAACAGGGAGUACAAUGGCACCACCUAAAGUGUCUCCAAAACCCACCACACAUCAUCUGUGUUCCAGUCUUCAGUCAGAUUACAAUCUUUCAUCUGAUGGUCUUUCUAUGAGAGGAGAACCAAGCGUAAAGGAUGAUGGCAAACCACCAAAAAGCUUUGGAGUGAGAUCCAGGCCAAGUUCCUCCAGCAGCAGUAGAAGUGUUACCUUUUCACAGACUGAAAGUGAGGAGGCUGAUUCUCAAAGCAGGAAUGCAACCCCAUUAAGAUCUGAAAUGAGAUCAGAAUUGAAAGUGCCAUUUGAUAGUAAACAGUCAAGAAAUGGAGUACAACAAGCAGAUGACAGUAAAACAUGGGACGGAUUGGAGGGUGGUGACUCAGCAAAUGCCACUGCCGGGAACACGGGAGCUCCUUCUGCCACUGGAGCCAGCAGCACAGAGGCCAGGGCGACAAAUAGAGACCAGGAAUGUGAAAACACAGAGGACCAUAAACAACUGCAACAGGGUGACAAGGGCGCCUACACAUCAAAAACACAGGAGAUUACACUGAAAGCCGUGGAGAAAAAGAAAGCCUCUCUAAAUGUCUGUCUCACACCUGAGGAGGAACACAAGCCUGAAGCUUCCUCACCAGAUUUGUCUUACAGAGAAAGGGAAGAAAGGGUAGAGACUAUUGUAGAUGAGAAAACAGAGGAAGAAGAAGGAAACGUGAAUAGUCAAGUUAAGGUCCCUAUUCACAAAGUUAGAGAUGUGAGACGACUUGUAAAAAAUACUUAUAAUCUGUCCUUCAAGGCAACUAGCACUGUAACAACGUCAAACGUGAAUGAAGAAAGGGUGGGGAAUUUUAAUGAGGAAAGGCAGGAAGAAAUAAAAGAGGAAAGGAGGGAAGAGGUCAUAGCAGGGGAGGAGAGGGAGGUAAGGCAAGAAAUAAGGAGAAAGGAGAAGGAAGAGGUGGAGAGGAAAGAGGAACAUACAGAGGAGGUAAAAGACUCAAAGCUGCUAACCUUAUCUCCCCCUCUUCAGAGCAAAGGAAAUCCUCUGCCUCGUCCUCAGCCCAUGCAAAUAGAAUACAAGGCUGUGUGCUGGAAAGAAGACAAAAAUAAAAUGUUGUGCAGCAUGGACGACUCAGAGAACCUACGUGAGAAACACCAGGCUUCUCCAAAGCAUUUCACAGAGGUAAGCAGAGAAUCAGAGAAGUCUUUGAAUGCUAGCACAGAGAAUUACACAACAGGAGACACAGCAAUUGCCAAGUCAUGUCAACAUGACUUAAACACACCAGCAGAAACACAAGACACUAUGACACAAAUUAAUAAAGUGCCAGACAAUGAGAGCAAACCUGUCAUGGUUAGAACAGACAGAAAACCUCCCAUGCUUGGAAGUCUCCCCAGAAUGCCCAGUAAGGAAAGAGAGGUGUCCACUGCUGUCGUGUUAAUAAGGGAUGGAUCUAGCAAGACCAAAACAUCUGCAUCUCCGGCCCAAGAGGAGAUUCCCACCUCACUUCAAGCUCCAGCUGCUUCACCUUCACCUAGACCCACUACCCCUGGUAGUACCCAUGGUAGCAGUGGCCACUCAGUUUCCAUGUUAUUAAAGGAGAAAGGCUACCAAGCUGACAUUGGAGCAGUAGUGGGUGAUAAUCAGAAUGGGGCUGUAGGUAAAGGGGUUCCCCAUAAGCAUGUGAACUGCCUAGAGAUCCCCCUUCAGACACCUUCAGAAGGAGGUCGGAUCGAGUCCCAUAGAGAGAGGACCUUCUCCUCCUCAUCUACCACAUCUGGCCCCACAGCAGUGUCUAACAACACAGACACCCUUACAAAGGCCAGAGAAGAUGAAGGAGUUAGCAUUAAGCCUACUAUAAAAGACACAGCAAAGCAAAGGAGUGCGUCUCCACUAAGGAAUACCCUGGAGCAAACACCACCACCUCCCACCAAACAGAAGGAUCUAGGAGAUUUAGAAGCAGUAAAAAGAAUAGAUCCAACUUUCCCUCCUAGGUCUCCUGCAUUAAGGAGGUUCAGACCACAGCCAAUUGAGGUUAAGUCACUGUCUAAAGAAAUACAGAAACAAGAGAUGCCCACAAACUCUACAGGAAACAACCGCCCUCAAACUAUUGAAGUUAAAUCUAUAGCUAAAAAUUCCCAAAAGCCAGUUGUGCCUCCAAAACCAAGCUGCAAAUUUAAACCUGCAGAUUUGGGAGCAGUGCCAAAUGACACACAGAGAGCAUCAGCAACAGCAACAACAACAUCGACUGUUAAACCACAAGGUGAGGAGAGGUCUCAAACAAUUGUAGUGUCCUCACCGACAAUCUACAGAAAGAUUUCCAAUGAGUCUACAUCGACAUCAAACUAUACAAGAAAAAUAGCCGUAUCUGCAGUAUCCAGUCUCAAACCUCCACCUUGCAAAACAACAGCAACCACCAUCUCCAAUCUCUCAAACCAGUCAACUGCAUCAUCAGAGACAGAGGCAUCUCAUGACAGAGGUCAGCAGCAAAAGCCAGUGGCCUCACCUCAGAGCUCUAGUUAUACACAAAGACCAACAACCUUAGCUACAGCUCGAACAUCAGCCACUGGCCCAGGUUUAACCUCAGCUCCAGCUGACCCAAAAGCCGUCCCUGGACCUGCCUCAGCUGAAGCCAGCCAGCCAAGCCAGCCAGCUGUUGUGGAUCCAGACAGCCAACCACAGUAUCCCAGGACGGCAUACCCUCACGAACAAGCUAUGCCGGUAACUUCAAACAAUACAAAACGACCCACAACUGUUUCCACAACACAAGUGCCAGGAUACACACACCAAUCAUGUCGCAGAUCGUUCUCCAGUGAGCACUCCCAGAGAACAGAUGACCUCCGUUUUUAUGCCUCAGAUGACCCUCCAAGUUACGAUGAAAGAGAGAGCUUCAGUCCUCUCAUGCUCCCAGAUCUAACACCCAGGAGGUCAAAUAGCUAUCAACCCUCAUCCCGCUCUCUUCCUUGCUCCUGCACAGCUGGCUGUCCUUCCCACCCUGGCCUCACCCCUCCUCACCAUCACCGCAGCCCCCAUACCCUCACCCCUCCUGCCCCUUCACACUCUCCAGGCCAGACACUACCUUACCCAGUUGCUCAGCCCCCUAUUCGUCCCUACCAGUGCAGACCUGACCCUCAGCAGAUAAACUACCAGCCAGGCUCUCCCAAAUCAAGUCCUCUUGGUCCAAGCCAGCCAGCGGCUAUGUACCAGCCUCUCCACCAGCCUCCUCCCUGCCCUCCCCACCCCUCACUCAUGCAGGCCUGCCCAACUGACCGCCCAUUGCAGCCACCCCAGCAUGUUGAUUCCCGACGACCCCCUGUCCACAGAUCACCCCAGCAACAGCCACCAGGCAUGACUGGGGCUCCUUACAGCGAUCCUGGCCACUCUCCUGGCAUUCCUCCUAUGGAUCCCCAGUACCUGUGUGGCCCCCAAAGCCUGGGGCCUUCCUAUGGCUCUGAAUAUGGGGCUGACAGCUCUAGUUUAUACUCAGAAAGUAGCUAUGGACAGACACCUCGCAGAGUGCUUCUGGAUCCUGAAACAGGGAAGUACUUUUAUAUUGAGGUGCCUGUACAGCCACUGAGAAAAAUGUUGUUUGACCCGGAGACUGGCCAAUAUGUGGAAGUGCUCAUCCCGCAGCAAGCAAUGUCACAUUCAGGCCUUUAUCCUCCAUCAGCAGCACCUUACCCAUCUCUACACAACCCCAACAUGUACGCCUCUGCUCCACAGUACAUGCCCUAUGCAGCUCCUCCUCCGGCCCAUCCACAGCCUCAGCCCCAGCCACCCCGAUAUCCUGAGGCCUCUGCUGCAGCAACAAUGCACCCAAGCGGGCCUGGGGUUGGCUACAGGAAUCCCUCUGGUCAGGUAUCCAAGCCAGAGCCCCAGAACCAUCCUCCACUGGACCAGAGCUACCUGGAGAGUAUGUAUUAUGUCCCUACAGGGAUGAAUGCGAGCCCCAAUCCCACCCCACCAGACUAUUACCACAAACAUCCCCCCAACCUACCCCCAACAGGGGGGAAAAGGUCCUGAAAUAGAGGAUAGAGGCCGUCUUCCUGGAGCCUGUUGGGUUUUAAAUACACAGUUUAUAAAAGGGGUGCCUAAUGUUAGCCUGUAAUGUUAUUCGAGUUUUCACAUUGCAACUGAAGAUAGCAAUUCUUUGGUUGUUGUUUUGCUGCUGCUUGUUCUGUGCUUGGCUGCUUUAAUAAAACAAAAUAUAUGAUUCUUGAGUUAAUAGUUUUGAAAAUACAAGAGAGUAAGUAACUUUUUUUAUGUGGUGUUCUUAAGAUGAUUGUCUAAAUCUGAAAUGAUCUAUUAAAAUGUUUGUCAUUUUUGUUGCAGGGUAAGAGAUCAUAUUGUAAAGUCAACAGCAAUGCACAGGUACUAUAAAUCAAUGGGUUUACUGAUAUUCUGAUGUGUGUACUUUAACAACAAGUAUCUCCAAAAAAACUUGAAAAUACUCUUUUAAAAGAACCUCAUAUUUAUUUUGUCAUUGUGUUUCUCCAAUACUGGAUGAGUGUUUGUGCACAUGAUGUCUGCAACAACAGUGCAAAUAAAAAAAAUCUCACAUA